UCCCUAAUCAUAUGUCUGUAUCUUAGUAUAAAUAUGUACAUUACAUUCUUAAUAAAGUCAAUACAUUCUCCUUCCAUAGUUGAAUACUUGGUAGAUUGGGACUAUUUUAGCUUCUGUAAUUGCUUCAAAUUGGAAAGAGAUGCGCGAGAACUCAUCCUACGAUCAUGCUUCAAGCCUGUGGCCUUACCAGGUGGAGAAAUCCCUAAGUAUUUCACGUAUCGAGCUUCUGGAGAUUCCCUAACUGUCACUUUACCUCAGAGCUUUCUUUCUCAAGAAUUCUUGCGAUUUAAGGCUUGUGUCGUGGUUGAACCUCUCUCCAAGGGCAAGGAUUUUUAUCCAUCCUUGAAGGUAAACGUCGGCGGCAAACAGUAUGAGGAAUCAUUUUUUGAUGCAGACCUGCAGUUUUGUAAGACGGAUCAUCUGUUUUUCUGUUCCUUCAAGUUCCAGCCUGAAGACCUUCCAUCUAAAUUGACUUUCAACGAUGUGGAGUUUAAGUUUUGUUGCUCCAAUAGGAUCAAAGAAUGCGGUGUACGACUCUUGUAUGUCUCUCAAGAAACAGAGUACAACCAACAGACUACGAGAAGCAAGAAGCGGAUGCGGGUAUCUUUUGACUUUUGAUUAGAGCUGAAAAUUAUAAAGCUAUCUUUUGACUUUUGGUUUGAUUUUCCAGGAUCGAAAUACCAUAGAGACAGACUAUUUAAUAGAAUCGAUCGUUUGAUUUAUAAUGCAGAUGACAUCGGGAACAUCUGAAGAAUAUAUCAACUUAGCCGGUGACCAAAUUGUAGCCGACACAGGAUUGGCCGCUCUAAAUUUGGAGCUUUCGUUAGGGCAGGGAGAACCAUCAUCAUCGACAUCUCUAGAGGGGGAAGCUUUGUGUGUUGAUUACAUGAUAACUGAAGAACAAGAUAAAUGUAUCCUGUUCCUGAUAGAGUAAGGAGAUCAUUUUUUUCUGCAGAAUGAUAUGUGGAGAACCAAAAUCCGUUUAAUCAACCAACUCCGGAGCCUGAAAAUGUUUGUAAUUUCUUCUUUAUCUGAAUGCAGAAACACUCUUGUGUUUCCUUUGAACAUUUUGUCUGCCUUUUUUUUGAAACAUACAAUAGAUCUCAAUGUGUAUGUUAGCACAGGUUGUUUUUCUCUUUAUUAGCAAUUAAUAAAGAAAUCAGACUUUGGGUAAACAAAAAUGUAUAUCGCAAAUUCACAAGAGAAUGUGUUGGAACUAAUUUUAAAUAGCAAGAUCCUCGUCAUCAACAAUAUUUGCAUUGCUGAUUCAAUAGCCAAAAGACAGAAGCGUUUUUGGCCUAACUUCGGCCAAAGAUAUGACCAGCAUAAGGAAGAAUCCUUCAGGU